AUGACCAGCGCACCCAAGCCUAUCCUAACACUGGAAGAUGAAGCCUACCUACGCGAAGUCACCACCAAGCGGGAAUCUGCAGAGCAGAAUGAGCAAAACCAAACCGGAGGUCCUACUGAGGUGUCUCUGCAACCUGCGAUAAGCGAACAACCCGAAAACAUCCCUCUCCCUACCUCGCCUGGGGAGGAGUUGGGAAAGGAGCUUGGCGAGGAGGGUAGACAAGAACGGAGGAGCUCUCAGCCAACACUAUCAAGGUCAGAGACACCAGGGUCGGAGGCCUCAAAACCUUCGCAGAAGAAGAAACGGUGGAGUGCGAUGUUUUGGAAGAAAAACGCGGAGAAGGGCAAAGAUGCCAACGAUGCAAACAAACCGGAAAUCGAAACCGCAACCUCUCCGACUACAUCAGACGGGAAAGACGCAGAUAAGGAUAAAGAUACCGAGGAUAUGACGGAUAUUCUAGAGCGAUUGAACCUGGCAGCGGAUAACAACCGUGUAUUCUCGGUCAGCGAGGAGACACAAGAGCUUUUACGGAAGUUCAAGCUCAUUUUCAAGGAUCUAAUCAACGGAGUCCCAACUGCCUAUCACGACUUGGAGAUGCUGCUCACCAACGGGAACCGUCAACUACAAGAGACCUAUACGAAACUGCCAGGUCCUAUGCAAAAGUUGAUCGAAAAACUUCCCGAGCGUUGGACCGAGACCUUGGCUCCAGAGAUGCUAGCGGUUGCUGCCGACCGCGCCGGCAAGAGCGGCGUCAACAUGGAGAAUGUGGGCAAGGCUGCUGCAGCUGCAGAGAAGAUGGGAGUCAAUAUGCCAAGUCUAAAGGAACUUGUGUCUAAACCAGCUGCUCUCGUAGGAAUGCUGCGAUCCAUCAUGGCAUUCCUACGAGCUCGAUUCCCUGCUGUUCUGGGAAUGAAUGUGCUCUGGUCUCUAGCAUUAUUCAUCCUUUUGUUUGUGCUGUGGUACUGCCACAAACGCGGACGAGAAGUCCGUUUGGAGAAUGAACGUCUGGUGACGGAAGAAGAGAUCGCCAAGCUCAAUGAAGAUACCUCCGAGGGUUUAAUUCGCCCUACUGAGACUUUGACGACGACCGCACUACCGGGUGCCUCGUCUGAUGAAAUACGCGAAGGCGUGAGAAAGGUAGAGGAGGCCCGCGCAGCUCCGGUCGAAUUUGCUGCCCCCACCGAAGUGGAGAGCGAAAGCCAACAAAACACUCAACAAAGUACCCGGCCAGCGGCAGUUCCUACCCGGUCGAAAUCUCGUUUGUCGAUGUUUGGCCGAGCCAAGACAGAGCCUGUGCCUAGUAAUGUCGCCCCUUAUCCUGGCACUUGA